UUCGAACGAAGUUUCAAACAAAUAUAAACGCACAGUCCAGAGAGAGAGAGAGAGGAGAAGAUUUAUGUACAGAGAAGAAGAGCAAUGGCGGAAGAUCAUGACGAUUUAGACGAACUCCUUGAUAGUGCUUUGGAUGAUUUCCAUAAUCUAAAUCUAACUUCAUCACAAAGGAGUGAAAAUAUUGGGGAGAAGAGCGAAGAUAAGUCUUUUCAAUCAUCAUCAUCAUCUGGAGCAGUACAGGGAUUAUUAGGUGGUUUACCUGAUUUAAAAAGUAAGAAGAAAGGGAAACAGCCACCAAAAAAGAAAGAAGAUCAUGUUACUGAGGCGUUUGAGAAAUUGAGGGAACAAACCAGAGAGGCAGUUCGUGGGUUAGAAUCGACUACUGCGGCAGCAUCUAAGGUGCCUAAUAUGGGUGUAGAUGGUUUAGGGAAGGAGGACGGAAUGAUGGAUGAUUGGGUUAAGCAAUUUGAAGAGAUGGCUGGGUCUCAGGACAUGGAAUCUAUAGUGGAGACAAUGAUGCAGCAGCUUCUAUCUAAAGAGAUUCUUCAUGAACCCAUGAAAGAAAUAGGCACGAGAUAUCCAAAAUGGUUGGAAGAACACAAAUCCAGCUUAAGCAAAGAAGAUUAUGAUCGUUACAGUCACCAGUACGAGCUUAUAAAGGAACUGAAUCAACUUUAUGAUAGAGAUCCUGGUAACUUCACCAAGAUUGUUGAACUUAUGCAGAAAAUGCAAGAAUGUGGUCAGCCUCCUAGUGAUAUCGUGCAAGAGCUUGCUCCAGAUCUUGAUUUUUCCAACCUUGGCCAGUUAUCUCCUGAGAUGCUUGACCCUCAGCAAGGUUGUUCUAUAAUGUGAGGCAGACUCUCUUGUACUUCUCUCCCCCUUGUUGCUUCUUUUUUCACUUUUUUUCUUUUUCUUUCAAUGAUGUAGAAAAUAAGGGCAAUUGUGCAUGAGCCGAAUUUUAAUAUAUUUUUCUUUAUUUUUUAAAUGAGUUAGAUGCCUCAGUUUCUUACCUGUUCUUAUGCUUGUGUGCCUGUGAAGUUAGCUGCAUAUAAACACACUCAAUGUUAUCAGGUCCAGAUAAUUUUCACUUUGAUGGGUCACUUCAUUUGAAAUUCAAUAGGUCAAAGUUUUAGCAGCAACAGAAACGAGGGAAAAGAUGCGGGAGCAUGUGAAAGCAGAUGGUCAGAAAAAUUGCCAACAAUAUUGGGAAUUUCAUCAAAUAAUGUACCUGUUAGAGGGUCAGUGAGAAAACUUGUUGUUUAGUCAAAGAGUCUAAGUACUCCAAGUGACAAAAAUCCGAAGAUAUAAAAAUGCAGGUGACAGAGAGGCGCUUGAGACACCCAGGUUUAGGGUUACAAAGAAGCAUUCUUCUAUCUUUGCUAGGUAUUGUGUUUUUAACACAGGAUGACCUGACUAGGAUUGUGGUCUUAGUUCAUGGCAGAAUUCAGAACCAAAGAUUAAGUCUGUAGGUUUUGUUCAAUGUGUGUCUUUUUUCUUCUAAAUAUGGAAAAUCAGUACGUUUUCGUUGUAUAGAACUCUACAGAUAAAAGAGUUAAGAGGUAACAAAGCCUUAGGAAGAAGCUUUUGAUGAA